AUGCUUCAAAGUUUUAUCCAGUUUUAGUCAUCUAUAGGUAAAAUUAUUUCAUUAUAAAAAGAAAAUCGGGAUAAACUUCUUAAAUUUUUAUAAAAUUGGCUAUUAUUGUAAAGUUAUAUGUUAAUUGGGUAUAAUAAUGAAGAAUCAGAGAUCAAAUUCUCUAUCUAUUGUACUUAAUAUGUUUAAUUCUAUUUAGAACAAAUAUAUAUAUGUAGAAGAUUAUUCAGACUUGGAAAGAGCCUUUAAACAUUAUUAAAUAUUUUAGAAAAAAAAUACUUAUAAAAUCCAAAAAAAGCAUAUAAUUAAAUACCUCAUGCUGUCAAUGAAAUGACUACAUAUUCAGUGUAUAUAUUUUAUUUCUUUUUUCAUUUGAUUGAAAAUAUCAUGGUUAUUCAUUAAAUGGGAUUUUUUGAGAAAAAAUUUAAUCAUAAAUUGUUAAAAAUAGUCUCUCAUACAUUCUGGUCUUUAGGAUUACUAACUUAACUUAUCUAUUAUUUGAAUAGACUUAGAUCAGCAUUUCGAAGGUAUUUUUAUUUUUAUUAGAGAGAGAGUAAGAAUUAAAAUCUUAAAUUUAAAAUGGAAUGACCAAUGGAGAUUUUCUUGAGUAAUUAAAGUCCUUUUCUAAUGAAAGAUAUUAAUAUGGAUUGUUAAUCUUAAGAAUUAUAGGUGAUCUUGCUUGUGCUAUGUAAAAAGCAUAAAUUCCUGAAAAAAUUGUAAUGAAUUACUACUAUUUAAGCUACACACUAGAUUUAAUAGAGGUUUAGUUGCCUGUGGAGGAUUAUUGAGUUCAAUAAUCUAAAUUUAUUUAUAAGCAACAAAAAUAAAUAAAAAAUAGAACUUUGUUGAAGUUUGA